AAAGCUCAUCUCAUUCUCUCAACCUCUAUUUCCACACACACAACACACAUUCUUUCUCUCUAACAUCUUACUUUCUUUGAAUUCUUCUCUGUACUUCUUGCAGAGUUUCUCAACUGAGAAGGAAAAGAAAUGGUAAAAGAAACUGAAUACUAUGAUAUUCUUGGGGUCAGCCCUUCUGCCUCUGAGGAGGAAAUUCGCAAAGCUUACUACCUUAAGGCGAGACAAGUUCACCCUGAUAAGAAUCCGAAUGAUCCUCAGGCAGCUGAACGAUUUCAGGUACUAGGAGAAGCAUACCAAGUUUUGAGUGAUCCAGUGCAGAGGGACACCUAUGAUCGCAAUGGGAAGUACUGUAUAUCUAAGGAAACGAUGCUUGAUCCUACUGCAGUAUUUGCUCUUCUAUUUGGGAGUGAACUUUUUGAAGACUAUAUAGGUCACUUAGCUGUGGCGUCAAUGGCCUCUACCGAAUUUGCUGGUGAAAGUGAUAAUCCUGACAAAGUCCACGACAGACUCAAGGUGGUUCAAAGAGAAAGAGAAGAAAAGCUUGCUAGGAAACUAAGAGAUUUUCUUCACCAUUAUGUCCGUGGCGACAAAGAAGGCUUCUUAAAACAAGCUGAAUCCGAAGCAGAGAGACUCUCACAUGCAGCUUUUGGAGCUGAAAUUUUGCACACAAUUGGGUACAUAUACACAAGGCAAGCAGCACUUCAGCUAGGGAAAAAAGCUAUUUACCUUGGAGUCCCAUUUGUAGCCGAGUGGGUUCGUAAUAAAGGGCAUUUCUGGAAGUCGCAAUUUACUGCAGCAAAAGGUGCUUUUCAGUUGCUGCAACUUCAGGAAGAUAUCAGGCGCCAAUUCAAGAUGGAUGGUAGUAGUCCAGAAAAUGAUAUGGAAUCGCAUCUAAGACUGAAUAAAGACACUCUCAUGAAUUCACUAUGGAAACUGAAUGUGGUCGACAUUGAAAUAACUCUACUACACGUUUGUCAAAUGGUUCUACAAGACAACAGUGUAAGGAAGGAAGAACUCAGAUUGCGAGCAGUGGCGUUGAAAAUCCUAGGAAAAGUUUUCCAGAGUCAGAAGAACAUGCAAAAUGCUGGAACAUCAAAGAAGAAAAUUGCUUCAGCAGAUGCAGACGACAGCAGUUCUGAUAGUAGCGACGAAGACGAUUCACCAAGAUCACUCAAUUAUCGUACUCCUUUACUUACUCAGGGAAUUGGAAGACUCUUCAGGUGUCUCUGUAACCCAGCAUUUGAUGUAGAUGAUGAAGAAAUUGUGUAUAGAGGAAGAUGAGAGGCUAUGAAUCUUUCAUAAUUUGUGCACCAGUGAUCAGCUGCAUGCCUCAACUACAUUUUUUUUAACAGAAGACAGUCUUUGGGGAAAGCCAAAAGGGCUAAAACCUGUUGUUUCAAAAACUUGUGCAUUUCUAUAGUAGUGACUGAGGUAUGUUAACCUAUUGUUUGAACAACAUGGUUAUUACUGCAUUACUUCCAUCAUCCGAUUGUUCUAUUAACCUAACAAUAACUACUUUCUUGCCACUAUUUCGGCUGAUAAUCCUCAGG